AUGUCACGGCGGCAGCUUACCACGAGCACCACCUAUACCCUUGCUCAUACUGCCCAGUGUAAGCUGAAACUCGCCGCGAACCGUCCUGACCGAAACCUGCGGUUUGUGCUGGGCCAUGCCUUUACCCUCGAUAAUCUCAUGGUCCGAAUCGUCGAGAUCGAGAAUCAGAGCGCCAAAUCCGUGUUUCAGGAAGGCAAGCCGCCGAGCCACCACGGAUACGAACACUAUGACUGCACAGCGCCACAGCCUGUAGCUCCAGAGCCGGAUCCUCACUACGACUGCACAGCAGCGAAGCCAACCCCGUCGGAGCCUGAACCAGCCCGGGGUCGCAGAGUCAGUUUCCACGACAACAAUGCCCGACCAUCCAGCACAGCAGGUGUUGGCUCUAACAACCGUUACAACGGCACUUCUUCGCCCACGCGGAAACACUCUCCGCCGCCCGUCGCGACCCAGCAUACGUACCUUGACGAAGAGCAGGACGACGACGACACGUCCUCGGACGACUACGACGACCCAGAUUCGUACCACUAUGACUGCACAGCCGCAGAUCCAGAGGCGGAAAAGCCGGCUCUGAAACAGAGGCCCGUGCAUGACGCAUAUUCAGACGACGAAGAUGCCGCGCUCGAGCUCGCGGACGACGAACUCGAUGAUGACAUGAAUGACCUCUCUCUCACGCGCUUCGAGUCAGCAUCGGCCAAACCGCCACGGAUGGUCCGCUCUGGCUCCUCGUCAUCCGACGAGGAAGAGGACAAGGCGCAGCCGGCCACGCCACCUCAAUUACCUGCCGACGUCGAUGUCAGAGAGAUCAUCGGCGGUGAGAAGGACGAUGAGCUGACAGAUCUAUAUGAGAGCGUCAGGAGGUGUCGAUGUCAUGGCCGGAGGGAGGACCCGGAAGUCGGAGGCACGCCACAAGGGGUAUGGGAUGUGCCGGUGGAGAAAACAGGAGGAAAGCAUUUGGCGGUGGUUGCGGUUGCUGCUUGA